AGUUUAAUAGUAGCACGGUCCCCAUACGGCUGUAAUCAGUGAAUUAGAAAAAAAACACCCCACCAGCGAUCUUCUAUGCUAUAUUUUUUAUUCUCUCUCUUUUUCUUGGGCCUUCCCCCCCCGAGCCCCCUGAAUCCGAGGGAACUUUUUCUCCGCGGGGGCUGCCAGUUGAAGGCCAUGAAUUUCGCAUUUGAGCGAGAGAUCGGUUUUAUCAAUAGCCAGCCAUCGCUUGCUGAGUGCCUGACAUCUUUUCCCCCUGUCGGUGAUACAUUUCAAAGUUCAUCAAUCAAGAACUCGACGCUUUCACACUCGACACUGAUUCCUCCUCCUUUCGAGCAGACCAUCCCCAGCCUGAACCCCGGCAGCCACCCUCGCCACAGCGGCGGCGGUCGCCCCAAGGCGAGCCCCCGCGGCCGCAGCGGCAGCCCGGGCCCCGCCGGCGCCCCACCGCCCCCGGAGUACCCCUGGAUGAAAGAGAAAAAGGCGUCCAAGCGAUCCGCACUGCCGCCCGCCUCGGCCUCCGCCUCAGCCGCUGGACCUGCCUGCCUCAGCCACAAAGACCCCCUUGAAAUCCCCGAUAGCGGUAGCGGUGGAUCCAGGCGCCUGAGGACGGCUUACACCAACACUCAGCUUUUGGAGCUAGAGAAAGAAUUUCAUUUCAACAAGUAUCUCUGUAGACCAAGGAGGGUUGAGAUUGCAGCCUUGCUGGAUCUGACUGAGAGACAAGUCAAAGUCUGGUUCCAGAACAGGAGGAUGAAGCACAAGAGACAAACCCAGUGCAAGGAGAACCAAAACGGCGAGGGGAAAUUUAAGAGCCUGGAGGACCCCGAAAAAGCGGUGGAAGAGGAGGAGGAGGAAGAGGAGAAAUCCCUCUUCGAGCAAGCCCUUAGCAACGUCUCCGGCGCUCUCUUGGAGCGGGAAGGCUACGCUUUCCAGCAGAAUGCCCUCUCCCAGCAGCAGGCGCAGAAUGCGCACAAUGGCGAAUCCCAAACUUUCCCCGUUUCGCCUUUAACGAGCAAUGAGAAAAAUCUGAAACAUUUUCAACAUCAGUCACCCACUGUUCAAAACUGCCUCUCAACAAUGGCCCAGAACUGUGCAGCUGGCCUGAACAAUGACAGUCCUGAGGCCCUAGAUGUCCCUUCUUUACAGGACUUUAACGUUUUCUCCACAGAUUCCUGCCUACAGCUUUCAGAUGCAGUUUCCCCCAGUUUACCAGGAUCUCUGGACAGUCCCGUAGAUAUUUCUGCUGACAGUUUCGACUUUUUUACAGACACACUCACCACAAUUGACUUGCAGCAUCUGAAUUACUGACAAAUUAAAGACGUCCUCUCCAAGGGUCCUGCUUUCUCUUCAUUAUUCUUUUUUUCCCUCCAGUGAAUUAAUUUUAUUUUUUCCCCUCCCUUUCCCUCAUCAGUAUUUUCUGUUUGUUACUUCCCUCUGCUAUGCCAUUUUUGCCGUUUCUUAUGAAGUUUUAGUUGUGUUCAAUUUUAACCUAACCACAUUCUAGGUCCUUCUAUGAAAGCAAUAUAUGAGGUCUGUAAGAAAGUGAUCAUAUAGGAAUGUAUCUUCACUUUCUUUUUAUUUUUGUAUUGCAUUAGGAUGCGUUGUCAUAAGUAUUUUUGGUAGAAUAAAUUCUUGUUUGCUACAAGGAGCUCUCUCUUUUUUCUUUCUCUUACUCCUCUCUUUCUCUCUUCUUUCAAGACUGAUAACAUGAUGGGUAUCUCUCCCCAUCCCUUCCACUAUUAAUUUACUAAUAAUCAAAACCCAACGUUCUUCCCUUUUGGCAAAUUAGGACGUUUAAUAGAGAGGAAAAGCACGUUCAAAUUCUUUAUUGCAAGGAUUAUCACAAAGAAAAAAAACAAACCAAAAGAAAUUAAAAUCGGUCACAGGUUUGAUGGAGAUUUGAUCCUUUUAAUGGAUAAACGUAGCAUCUUAUCUCUGUGAGGAUGCAAAGCUUGGAAAAGCGAGCUAUAACA